AUGGCAUCAAGACUUUUAAGGAGAUUCUCUUCACCAAUUAUGAUUAUUCGUAACAAAUCGAAAGAAGUUGCAAAAGACAAGAAAGAUGAGAAAGUAUAUCAACUUUGGGAGUUCUUUGACAAACCUGAUAAUUGGGGUAUGAAGGAAUUGUCACUGUCUAGAAGGCCAGGACGAUCUUGGACUGCCGAUGAACUUCGUCUUAAAAGCAAUUCUGAUUUGCACAAACUUUGGUAUGUCCUUUUGAAAGAGAGGAAUAUGCUUCUUACAAUGCGAGAAGCAUACAAGAUUAGACAUAUGGAAUUACCUAAUCCUGAAAGGGUUGAUCGAGUUAAAGAGAGUAUGGACAAUAUUGAAGUUGUUGUGCAUGAACGUAACGAUGCAUAUUUAAAAUUAGAAACUGGCAAAAGUGCCUCUCCACCCAAAAGAAAGAUUACAUCCUUUGCUGGUUUUACCUAUGAAGUAUCGGCAAAUGAACAUUAUGGACAACCAGAUGUGAUUGGAGUCAAGAAGGAAUAUGAGGUUCCUAUGCUAGACGAUAAGGCCUAUUUGUUUCAGGUUAAUUCUAAUAAUUAA